AUGCCUGGAUAUCGUCUGGAAUAUGCUUCAUCCAACCGUGCUAAAUGUAAAGGUCCCAAGCCCUGUGCUGGGAAUGUCAUCUCGAAAGGAACGUUGCGUUUCGGCACGACUGUAGAGUUCCAAGGGAAACAGUCAUUCGCCUGGCGUCACUGGGGAUGUGUGACGAAGAAAGUCCUGUCAAACGUUAAGGAACAGUUCUCGAAGGCAUCUGAAGUGGAUGGUUACGAGGAUAUGAAACCUGAAGACCAAGCCAAGGUCGAUAAGGCCUGGGAAGAUGGCCAAGUUGCGGAUGAAGACAUCCCGGAGACGGCCAGGAAACCUGAAGGAGAGCCUGAGGAGGAGGAGGAAGAGGAGAAACCGAAGAAGGCUAGAGGCAAGAAGAAGGCAGAGGAUGGCGAGGAAAAACCCAAGAAGCCGAGGGCACCUAGGGCCAAGGUAUGUGGCGCGGAAGCUGUCUUCGCCAUAUUCUGA